AUGCUGUCUCGACUUCUAGUGAUAAAAGUUCAAAGUCGCUUUAAAAUAAUUGAGGAAAAUUCGGGAACUUUAAAUUUCGGUAAUAAAAUAUUUACUGGAGUUAAAUAUGAAGACUUGGAACGCCAAGAUCAGAGUUCUCUUGGUGAAGGUACAAGUGGAAGUGUCAGCAAAUACAAAUUUAAAAGUAGAGCAAUUGCUGUUAAGCAUAUGAAACGGACAGAUUCUUUCGAUGAUUCCAAAAGAAUAUUUAUGGAUUUGGAAGUAAUAUCAAAAUGUGGGGAUUGCCCUUUUAUUGUAAAAUAUUUUGGAUAUAUUCUAACUUUUGUGAGUUUAUUUUUUUGUGAAAUAUUGAUUAAAUUUAUUUUACUUAUAGAAUUUUUCACAAUUUUUAGGUUUUUCCCCUCAGAUAUUUUUAAAAUUCGUUUAGGUUUUCUAAUUUUAGUCCAUAUCCCGUUCUAUGCUUUUAGUAAAUAUUUAGUUGAUUAUCUAUAUAUUUGUAUGGAAGUUAUGUCUACUUGCCUUGACAAACUUUUAACUAGUAGACAAAAAUCUCGUCCACCUGAUCAAGUUGGUCUUCCAGAAGGAAUUAUUUCUCAAAUUGCUUUGAGUGUCGUCCGUGCUCUUGAUUAUUUGAAGGAAAAACAUAAAAUUAUGCAUCGGGACAUCAAACCUUCUAAUAUUUUGAUGGAUUAUUAUGCAAUUACAAAAAUUGGUUGUAUGGGUUAUUUGUCACCUGAGAGAAUUUAUUCUGAUGAUCCUCAUUAUGAUGUUCGUGCUGAUGUUUGGUCUCUUGGAAUUACUCUUGUCGAACUAGCCACCGGAAAAUUUCCUUAUGAAAAUAGAGAAGCUUUUAAACUUAUGAUUGAAAUAAAAGAAAAAAAUGCGCCUCGUUUAACUCCAGAAAAAGAUGGACUUUCACCUGAAUUUUGUGUGUUUAUUGCUGAUUGUCUUCAAAAGGAUAUGGAAAUGAGACCAAAAUUUCGUGAAUUAUUGGAGCGCCCAUUACUUCAAAAUGCAGCUACAACAAACUCAGACGUUAAGCUUUGGGUUGAAAACCCGACAGAAUAUGCUAGACUUUAUGGGAGGAAUUAA